UGUCCCGUCUCUUGAACGCGCACUUUGAUUUAGCGAAACUGCGUGUGCGCGCGCUGAGCUCAUCACCGGAAGUUGUGCGCGAGAAUUCACGGAGCGGUAAAAUAACGGCAGAACGGAUUUUCUGUGGGAUAAACGCACCGGCGUCGCUGCUAAAGCGAUGCCUCACUCCCGGCGAUACCCGUCGUCUGAGCGGAGUCGCAGUGGGAAUCAUCAUGUUCGUUACGAGCGGCACCGGCGGAGGCGCCGCACACGCAGCCGCUCCUCGUCCUCCAGCGCCCAGCGGGACCGCAGCCGCAGACGGAACCGCGAGAGACGCCAGCGCUCCAGGAGUUAUGACGACCACAGGCUGAGCAGCAGACGCUACUGUCGCGGCGAGCGCGAGGAGUUUGUCGAGAACGGCUUCUUCCGACACACACACUUCUCCCGUCGCUCUCACGACUUCCGUUCGGAUCGGGAUCCCGGAGCGGAUCAGAGGAGCAGUCGACGCGUGCGCAGACACCGCAGAACCAGGACCCGCUCCAGAACACACUCCUUCAGUCAGAGCCGGUCCUUCUCCUCCCAGAGUUGCAGUCGUGUGCGCGGGUGGGCUGUUAAAGAUGAUGACGAGGGUCACCUGGUCUAUCGGCCCGGUGACGUGCUUCAGGACAGAUAUGAGAUCGUGGGAACGCUCGGGGAGGGAACCUUUGGGAAAGUGGUGGAGUGUAUCGAUCAUCACAGGGGAGGCUCUCACAUCGCGCUGAAGAUCAUUAAGAAUGUGGAGAAGUACAAAGAAGCAGCUCGUCUGGAGAUUAACGUUCUGGAGAAAAUCAACCAGAAAGAUCCAGAAAACAAGAAUCUGUGUGUGCAGAUGCUGGACUGGUUCGACUAUCAUGGGCACAUGUGCAUCAGCUUUGAGCUGCUAGCUCUCAGUACCUUCGACUUCAUGAAGGAGAACAAUUACCUUCCCUACUCCAUCAGUCAGGUCCGACACAUGGCCUACCAGAUCUGCCUCGCCGUCAAGUUUCUCCAUGACAACAAGCUGACACACACAGACCUGAAGCCCGAGAACAUCCUGUUCGUGAACUCUGACUAUACCGUCCUCUAUAACCCGGAGAAGAAGCGAGACGAGCGCUCCGUCAACAGUCCUGCUGUGAAGGUUGUGGACUUCGGCAGCGCCACGUUUGACCACGAGCAUCACAGCAGCAUCGUUUCCACACGACACUACAGAGCGCCAGAGGUGCUUCUGGAGCUGGGCUGGAGUCAGCCGUGUGACGUCUGGAGUAUUGGCUGUAUUCUGUUUGAGUUCUACCGCGGCUACACACUCUACCAGACUCAUGAUAACAGGGAGCAUCUGGCCAUGAUGGAGCGAGUACAUGGACCAGUUCCUUCAAGAAUGAUUCGUAAAACGAGGAAGCAGAAGUACUUUUACCGAGGUCGACUGGACUGGGACGAGAACUCGUCAGCGGGGCGAUACGUCAGAGAGAACUGCAGGCCUCUGAGAAGGUACGUGUUGUUCGAGUCAGAGGAGCAUCAUCUCUUCUUUGAUUUGUUGGAGGGUUUGAUGGAGUUCGAGCCGGACCGGCGUCUCUCUCUCUCCGCUGCGCUGCGUCAUCCUUUCUUCAGUCCCGUCCGAGACGCCGAACACUUCAGCGGCUCCCGUAACAUCAGCCGGUGACCUCUGACCUCUCCUUUAACCCCUGCUAGUGUUUCACAGCGGGUCUGACUGUAUGGAGGACGCCCGUUUCUGAGCCGGUGGAAACGCCCACAGGACUGAUGGACAGGUUGGUCAUCCAAUCACGUAUGCUUAUGUCAUGAUGAAGAGACUGCUAAUGAUUGGGUGAGUUCUCCGCUCGCUGCUGAUUGGAGGAGAGAAACAGCCAGUAGCAUUAAACUGAAACCUUCACGAACGCCCUGAUUGGUCGGCCUUCGUUUGACGGACAGCUUCGCUCUGCCACAAGGGGGCAGAACAUCUUAAGGUUGUUUCGGAUCAUUUCAGGUGCCUAGGAUAUCAGAUAUUGCACAUGUCGUGCUUCUCGGCAGACAAACACACUUUUUCAGUAUUUAUUUUACGACUUUUGUUGUUUUGUAUUAAAUGAAUAUCAUUGUAUAUACAGUACGUGUUCUCUAUAAUAAAAUGUGCUUCAUAUCAUUUGA